AUGGACCUUAAAUCAAUCAUCAACACCGAGUCCGCCGCGAGCUCCAUCACCAAGCAAGCGGCACCAGCGACCCCAAUCCAAGCGCCGCCGCAGCAAGCCUUUCGAGAUCGAGAGCGAGAGCGCGAGCCAGACUACAAUCAUUCUCGCCAGCCGUCGUCCGGCAAGCAGCCCCCUUCGCAAGACUAUCCCGCACAAACGGGCGGCCCGUAUGCCUCUCCCUCCACAUACCAAGGGAAUUACCAAGGUCGACCGCCUCCUCCUCCUCCCAUACAGGCUCCUCCUCAGAAUGAUUUACGCUCUCCCGCGAGAUCCUACUCAGCUCAAUCGCCGUACCAGCACACGCCCUCGUCAUCUACGAGCCAGUAUCCCUUCCCGCAAACUCAGACUCCCCAGAGCCCGGCUCAGCAGCAGCAGUAUCCGCCGUCUUUUCAACAACACCGAGACAGCUAUCCCCAAUCGAACCCUCCACAGCACCUUCAGCAGCACAACUCGCACCCCCAAGUCUCUCCUACUCCGCAGACCCCUCCGAUUGGUAUGCCAGGAGCACCACAUCCAUAUCUCCAGCAUCAACGAUCACAAUCUUCACUCUCUGCAUCGACGCCUACGCCUACAUCUGCGCAGAGUCAGCAACCAUAUCAUAACCAAUAUCCACAGGAUAGUCCGGUCUCUGCAAACCAUUUCCCACCUGCCCAAAUCCCACAGCAUCAACGUCAACAAUCACAGCCUGGCACUCCGCUUGGGCCUCCUCUAACUCAACGGCACUCCUCAGGCGGGUUCCCUCAACCAACUAGCCCAUAUCAACAACGAGGUCUUUCUGCCGGACCAUUUUCUCAGUUCCAGCAAACUUCACCUGCGCCUCCCGCACAAGCCACAAUUCCACGACACCCAAGUACUCCUAACGCCUCCGAUUCACAAAGAACCUCAGCAAGUGAACAAAGAGGAUCACAGAGUGAGAGGGAGCAAAGCUUAAGUGUGAGCCCGAAGACACGUCUUCCCAAUCAAACAAGGGCAGAUAUGACCACUCCACAGCCUGAAAACGGCCAUGGCAGUUCUACAAAGAGAAAGAUGGAAGAUCGUGAGGUAUCCGCUGAAGACUCUCACACCGGACCCCAUAUGGAUGACAAACCUUCUAUGAACGGCAAUCAUUCUAUUUCCGCACCUGGUGCUAAUUCACCUAAAGCGCCACCCAAAAAGCGCACCCGCUAUGCAGAACCGCCCAUCUGGGCUCAGAGUGUCCGGAGCAAGGGUGCUCAUAGCGUCACGAGUCGGCGUAAUGUGAAAGUUAAUGGCAAGCUGCCAGAGCAACCGUUAAAUCAAGCUCCUAUGGUUACGAGACUUGAGACAAACGGGAGCCCGCAACUCCCACCGGGCGUCCCACGCCCUGGACCUUUGGUGGAUAAUGAACGGGAUCCUUCUGUUCUAUUAGGGCCGUGGGAAAGGAGCAUCAUUGGGGAGAAGCCGAUCGAACAUAUGGUAAAGGUUGUCGCGGAUUUUCUGUUUCAAACAGUGGUCUCACGGCCCGAUAUGGGAGAGCUCUCCAGUAGAGGCGUCGACAUUGAAAUUGAAGCCAAGUUAGGUCAAUUGAUCGACAAGGAAACCAACCAACGAUAUAUGUUACCUGUUUUGAGCGAAUGUGUUGUGGCUGAUAGUCCGCGCAUUGGUUUCAGAAGCUCCAUGACAGAGGCCCAACACUCGAAAUUAAACCAUUUCCUGAAUGCGAAAGUCACCGAAACUCAUCCGGCUAAUUUGAGCUCGAAGAAAAGGGUACCAAUCGAUUAUCUUCAUCGACGAGAGACGGAUAAAUUUUAUGUUCUUCCACCAGCCUUGCACGCAAGUCUGCCUGCUGCAGUACGAGAGCAGAUCAACCCGCGUCAAACAGUCAAAGUUCGAGUCACCCAUGAUCAAAAGACGCAGCAGAUCUUAGCCACGAUAAUCAAAGCCCGAAUCGCAGAUCUCAACCUCUAUAUUCCCGAGUCCCCGCUCGAUUGUCGCCUCAGCGUAAAUUUUGAGAUGAAAUUUGAAGGCGAUAUUGAUGAGAUUAUUGCGGGCGGGGUUGGAGACGAAAUUCCGGAUCGUCAUAAGGAUCGCUUAAGCUAUAAGCAAGGGCCUUAUCAGAUUGAUCUAACUCAAGUCACUACUCAGACUGUUACAGUUAAUGGGGUUAUCCGCCCGGAGAAAGAGCACGAACUAGAAAUUGAGAUUGCAACGGAAGCAAUCCGGCAGCAGGGCCAGCGAGCAGCGGCUGGUGAGCCCCACGAAGGUUCCAAGGGUAUAGAGAUGGAAGCACAACAGGAACAGCUCGAAACUAAGCUUUGA